AAAAAAAAAAAGGCCAGCAACAAUGUGAUAGACAACACAGCCGCUCUGCUCUCUCAGCGUAGUAGUGGAUAUCUUCACAGUGACCAGAGAGCAGAGGCGAGCCAAAGCGAGCCGCAUGCUCGCUGUGCAACAAGGGGGACGGGAGCAAAAUGAACCACCGGAUAGCAGCAGCAGCAUCCACUGAGGACCCGUAACAGUAUUUAGAAGAUAGCUCUCUACUCCGCCCCCGCCUCUCCAUCUGUGCCACACACUUGUGUUGUUUCACAGUUACUGAAGCACACAUCCUGCUACCAGGGUCCUGUUAUAUCCUGGCAGACACAUGGACAGGAAGAAAUAAAAGCGUCAGUUCAGGCCCUCCACCUGACCUGUAGGGUAAGUCCUAGCUGUGGGACUUGUUGUUGGUGGGCCCACAGAGCUGGCGUACAUGUGAGAAAGAGGUAAUGAAGUCCAGUAUGAGGCACUGGGGGAGGCUGAUGCUGGUGGGAAUGCUGGCCUGGGCUUUUGUCUUUCUCGCCCUCCUGUCAUAUUUCCUGGAUGCUCGCGUGGAUGAGCCCCUGACCUCUGCUGGCGCUUUACUCUCCCAGCACCCGGACACACGCCGUCUGGCCUCCAUACAGGCCUCCCAUCAACAGCAUGCCAUGGUAAAGCUGUCUUUACCGUUAACUACAACGUAUCCCAGAGAUAAGCCAGAGCUGGAGCCUCCCGCCAAGUCCGGGACCCCAGAGACCAGCCUGGAGAUGAGCCAGGAAGCAAGUCGCCAGGACUAUCUUGACCCACAGAGCCUGGCAGCCUGGUCCUCCUUUGGUACAGAGAAUGUGGGUUCUCACUCAGACCCUGUAGUCCAGAGUCGUGAGCGACAGUCACAGACUGCAGACUAUCAGAACGACUUCAGCACCAUUCGAUACCAAGGUGGCAAGGAGGAAGAUGAUGAGAAAGAAAAUGAAGAUGAAAAUCUGGGAAACAGAAGGAAGAACAGAGCACAGAGUAUGGCCGGUGGUGACUUCUCUGAUCUGGAGGAAUUCUAUUUCUCCAAGUCCGUCUCUCUAGUGCAGCGGCUCUGGAAGGGUCGAGUGUCCGCGGGCAUGCUGAGUCUUCGACUGCAGCGUGCCAUGAAGGAAUACGUCAACUCCAACAAACACCAUGUUUCCUACAAGGGGAAUCGUAAGCACGCUCAGAGUGCCAAGGAGCUGCUUUGUGAAUUGAAGAAUCAGGCCCGGCUGAGGACAGUAGACGGGUUGGAGCAACCCUUCUCUUCACUUGGCUGGGCUCGUCUGGUGCCAUCCCUUUCUCUGGAGCAGCUGUACAAAAAGGAGAACAAGAGAAGCUUCAAGACCUGUGCUGUGGUCACCUCUGCUGGGGCCAUCCUUCGCUCACGAUUAGGCAAAGAGAUUGACGCUCAUGAUGCAGUUUUACGUUUCAAUGCUGCACCUACAGAGGGCUAUGAGAGAGACGUGGGAAACAAAACCACUAUCCGCAUCAUCAACUCGCAGAUUUUGGCAAAUCCUAGGCAUCGGUUCAAUACAAGCUCUAUCUACAAGAAUAUAACUCUGGUGGCCUGGGACCCCGCACCUUAUGCUGUCAACUUACACAAGUGGUACGCUAGUCCAGACUACAACCUGUUUGGUCCGUACAUGGAGCACCGCAAGCUGCAUCCUGACCAGCCCUUCUAUAUCCUUCACCCUAGCUAUGUGUGGCAACUCUGGGACGUGAUUCAGGGCAACACCGAGGAGGACAUCCAACCCAAUCCCCCAUCGUCUGGUUUCAUAGGUAUCCUCCUGAUGAUGACGCUGUGCGAGCAGGUGCACGUGUACGAGUACAUUCCCUCCAUGAGGCAGACGGACCUGUGCCACUACCACGAGACCUACUAUGACGCUGCGUGCACACUGGGUGCCUACCAUCCUCUCCUCUAUGAGAAAAGCCUGAUCCAGCGGAUCAACAUGGGCCCCGUGAGUGACCUCGAGAGGAAAGGACGCGUCACUCUUCCAGGCUUCAGCACCGUGAACUGUGACAUCUGAUAUAUGAAGCCUGGCCUCAUGAGCCCGGACGUCACACAUGCACACACGCAAACACUUCUGGCCUUUUCAGGCUGACCAUGGGAGAGGUGCAAUAAUGCCCCUAUAGACAAGGAGGUUGAAGCUUGCAAGUUUCAAAUAAGACCCGUGAAGAGCAUAAGCCAUAGCCCUCCAGGGACGGAUAAACAUAGAGGUUUCUGAAAGACCUUGUCUUUAUCACGAUGGUUUACUUGACCAGAGGCUGGAAAUUAGAGUCUCCAAGGUGGAGCUGAAAAAAACAAAACUAAAAAAUAAUAUCAAAUUUCUCUCUGCUUUAGCUGAGCCACGUUAGCUGUGGAGCUGACUAGGGUAGCAACUGAUCUUGUUUUAGGUAGGCAAGUGAGUUUUUAAUAACUGGGUGUGUUUCCAGUGGUGUAAAAUCUGUGUUUCUCAGUACUAUGGAUGGUUUUCCACUUUAAGGAACUGUCACUCUUUAUAACGGCGAAUUGUAUAAUGAUUUUUUUUAAUAUAUACUGGUCCCAAAGGGUUGUGAAUAAACAAAUCAUCCAUGUUGAAUGUCAUAGGUACACAAACUCGACGCAAAAGUACAUGCAGAAGAAUGCAAACUAAAAGAAAGAUGAGAGGAGCUGUCAAAGCUGUCACAUUACUGUACAUAUUCCUGCAAAAUCAGCAAUUUUGCUUCAUAAUGAGGGUUGAUUUCAUACUACUGAGCUUAUUACUGAAUUAUUGUUCUGUGCACGCUGACUGAUAACCACCAGUUUGUCACGUUUUGUUUGGGG